AUGCGCUUAGCCGCCAGACAAGUCCUUCGAACUCUUCAUCAUUGCAGACUGACUCAGCUAUUCCUGCUACUAGCUCUACCUGAUUUGCCUCUCUUCACAAAUGCGUACAAACAUGCUGAACGUCGAGAACAUCCAGCCAUCAUAUCCAAGGACAGGCCGUUUGGUUAUGCUCAACUGCUAGCGGAUGUGGCAAAGUUACGAGACAUUAUAUCUACAAAGGACUUGAAGGAAGCUCGUGUAGCGUUCCUGUUCCCACAUGGUUAUGAAUGGACUGUCGCUCAUUGGGCUAUAUGGGCUUCUGGUGCCACCGCUGUUCCUUUAGCUCCAAUGCAUCCACCGCCAGAAUCAGAGUAUUAUAUUACAGAUUCUGAAUCUGAAGUGGUGGUUGUUCAUACCUCGCUCAAGGACAAAUUGGCACCAAUGAAACUUGGACCCAAUGUUCGCAUCAUAGAGGUUGGGGAUCUGAAAAGUCAGGAUUACAAGACAUUUGAGAGAGAGGAAGUCGAGUUUUGGCCAAUUGAUUUCAAAAGAAUGUCCAUGAUAAAUUACACAUCGGGUACCACUGGAAAACCCAAGGGUGUGAUUCACACACACAACAGUAUAGCGGCUUGGACACAGACACUAGUCGAUGCCUGGAAAUGGAGUAAUAAGGACAAGGCACUGCAUGUGCUUCCGUUACACCACUUACACGGUCAAAUCAAUGCAUACUAUUGUGGCCUACUACAGGGCGCAUCGAUAGAAUUCACAAAGUUUGACGCUCAAAAAGUCUGGGAUCGAUGGAUGGACCCAAGGCGUGAUUUAACUCUAUUUAUGGGUGUUCCUACCAUGUUCACACGAAUGGAAGCAUUAUACAAGACAUGGACUCCUGAAAAACAACAAGCUGCAACUGAAUCAUGUAAACAAUUCCGACUACUGGUAUCUGGAUCCGCUGCAUUACCUGAUGUAUUAUACCAUGAGUGGGAGAGGAUUAGUGGACAUCAGAUUUUAGAGAGGUAUGGCAUGACUGAGAUUGGUGCUGCUGGUAACCCAGUUGAAGGUGCUCGUGUACCGGGCACUGUGGGAGUCAUGCUCAAAGGAGUUGAAAUCAAAUUGAUUGAUGAGGCAACUGGCGAGAAUGUAACAGACAAGACCAACACACCUGGAAUGGCCUUCUUAAGAGGCCCCAUGAUGUUUAGCGGAUAUUGGAAGCGGCCUGAUGCUACAGCUGAAGUCAUGUUUGAUGGAUGGUAUCGAUCUGGUGAUGUUCUAAUUCGAUCAGAUCAACAUGGAUACUUUAAGGUGUUGGGUCGGGCUUCUGUAGACAUCAUAAAGAGCGGCGGGUACAAGAUAUCAGCUCUGGAAAUUGAAAGAGAAAUCUUGGAUCACCCAUCUGUGCUUCAUUGUGCAGUAAUGGGCGUUGCAGACAAGGAAUGGGGAGAGAGAGUUGGAUGUGUGGUUGUAUUUAGAGACAACGCUGACUGCACACUGGAAGCGCUACGAGAGUUUUUAAGACCGAAACUGGCACCAUACAAGUUACCCAGUCUGUUGAAGGUUUUGAAAGGUGAUUUGCCUCGUAAUAGUAUUGGCAAGAUCAAUAAAAAGACACUCGUGGAGAUUUUUAAUACGUAA